GGUGCUGCUCAGCGUGGACCAGUUCCGCGUGGUCUCUGCGGACCUCACCCACGGAGCGGUCUCUGGCGGCGUCUGCACCGUGGUGGCGUGCGCCCUGCUGGGAGUCCUGCUGUUCGCCGAGCUGGGGGCCUCCCUGAGAGUUAGCUACUCUACGAACGUCGUCAUCGACGACGAGCUUGACGAAUCGCUCAGGAUCGAGUACGACACCUCGGUGUUCGACCUCCCCUGCAAGUACCGGGAAGUGGGCUCGCGGGACAAGUGCGGGAAAGACAGGUUCGUGACCAACAAGUCUUUCACCCAUAGCACUCUGGACCACUGGGGGGGCACCGCGGGCGCCAAGUACACCGAGGCGGAGAUCGCGGUGCUCGAGCAGGCGGACGUGGCCUCGGACAUCGCGGAGGACGAGGCCAAGGAGCUCGACUCGGACUGGUCCGCCAGCAGCGACCACUUCCAGCACAAAGACUUCCAGGCGGCGGCGACCUUCCACGACUACAAGCUGGUGAACUUCUACGCCGAGUGGCGCAGUCACUGCAGGCAGUUUCUCCCAACAUGGAUAGAGGCGUCGGACAAGAUCGGCGAGAAGAUGCACGUCUCCGACGGCGACGGGCGGCAGUCCACGGUGAAAUCCCUGAAGAUGAAUUGCGUGGACUUCCAGGACAACUGCAAGCAGGCCAAGAUAGCAGCCUUCCCGGCCCUGCGGUUUUACAAGCGCCACGGCUCCUUCGAGGUUUUCCAGCAGCAUCGCUCCGUGACGAACAUCGUCAGUUUCUUGACGUCGUCGACUAGAAACAACCACUUGAUCGUCGCCCGUCAUCACAUGAUGUUCAACGAGGGAUGCCGGGUGGCCGACCAGAUCCACGUGCCCCGCGCGCAGGGAUCUCUCCACCUCCAGGCGGAGCCCUUCGGCAAGAUGGACCUGAACCCCGCCAUCACGAACGUGUCGCACCAGGCGUGCGACUACUACUGCUCCGGCUCCUGCACGACGGACUGCGUUCAGCCCACGGGGACGGUAGCCCUGGCGUGCGAGUGUAUGUCCUACCCCGACAGCGGCGAGCACGACAUGUUCAGCGUGACGCCCUGGUCGGCGGCGGGGUACGUGAAGGAGGCGGCGCUGUUGCACACCCGUGACCCGGCCGAGAUCCCCUCCAAAGAAUACGGUGCGGACUACUUGUGUGAGCUCACCAGCGUGUUCCUGACCGACGGAAAGGUUCAGCUGCGCCUCAAGGUGGGCGCGAAGGAUGUCGUGCCCUCGGCCCCCGCCACGGACGACAGCCACACCAUAGUGAUGAGCGCAAGCCAGGACACCUACAGGACAGACAUGAAUCUCGUUUCUUGCGCUACGUGCACCGCCAAUGGCCUUGCUCCCAAGGUCAAGGCUGCCGUCAUCGACGCGUUCGGCAUUCCGCGGGGCUUCAUGACUACGAUCCACGCCAUGACCGCAUCUCAGCCGACCGUGGACGGGGCGUCGCAGAAAGACUGUAGUGGCGGCAGCGCGGAGGUCGAGGAGGUCGGCGGGGAAGUCGAAGAAGAGGUGGCGGACGAGAUCAAGGUCGGGUGCAAGGAGGCCCGCAUCGCCAUGAAGGACCCAGAGACGGAGCUAAAGCUGGAGAACGCGAGUCACGGUGCGGAGCAUCUUGCCUAUCAGAUGAAGCACGGUGCGAUCCACGGCAGGUACGAUGGCACUGUCGAUGUCGACGGGGACUGUCUGGCGAUCAAGGGCAAGCAGAAGGCGCUGUCGCACACCCGUGAUCCGGCAGAGAUCCCCUUCAAGAAGUACGGUGCGGACUACGUCUGUGAGUUCAUCAGCAUGUUCCUGACCGACGGAAAGAUUCAGCUGCACCUCAAGGUAGGCGCGAAGGAUGUCAGGUCCUCGGCCCGGGCCGCGGACAACAGCCACACCAUGGAGAUGGGCGCGAACAAGGACACCUAUAAGACAGAAAGGAAUUGCGUUUCUUGCGCUACGUGCACCACCAAUGCCCUUGCUCCCAAGGUCAAGGCUGUCGUCAUCGACGCGUUCGGCAUUCAGCGGGGCUUCAUGACUACGAUCCACGCCAUGGCCGCAUCUCAGCCGACAGCGGACGGGGCGUCGAAGAAAGACUGUCGUGGUGGCCGCGCGGAGGAGACCCGCAUCGCCACGAAGGACCCAGAGACGGAGCUCAAGCUGAAGAACACGAGUCUCGAUGCGGAGUAUCUUGCCUUUCAGAUGAAGCACGGCUCGAUCCACGGCAGGUACGAUGGCACUGCCGAGGUCGACGGGGACUCCUUGGUGAUCGAUGGCAAGCAAGUGGCGCUGUCGCACACCCGUGAUCCGGCCGAAAUCCCCUUCAAGAAGUACGGUGCGGACUACGUUUGUGAGUCCUCCGGCGUGUUCCUCACCGACAGAAAGAUUCAGCUGCACCCCAAGGCGGACGCGAACAAGGUCGUGUUCUCGGCCCUGGACACGGACGACAGCCACACCGUAGUGGAGGGCGCGAACCAGGACGCUUACAAGACAGACAUGAAUGACGUCUUUUGCGAUUCCAAGGCGGGCAUCAUGCUGGACCCAACCUUCGUGAACCCCGUCGAGGAUGAGGGCGAGGAGGAGGUGGCGGCUGAGGUCAGGGAGGAGACGGACGCUCAAGCGGUAGAGGAGGCGGGGCGGCACGCGCCGGGCGGCUCCAGCGCCAGGAUCGGCGCGCAGCUGCCCGACGAGGUCUGGGGGCCUACAGACACGACGAGCGCACCGCACAACGACGAGCUGCCGGGCUGCGCGUUCGUGAUGGGCGGCCCCCUCUGGUUGCUCGCCCUCGGCGUUCUCGUCGCCGUGGAGGCGAUGCAGGCGGUAAGCGACACCGUCGUCGGCAGGCGUGCCAGCUGCUGGGCUGCUGCGGCACGGGUGGAUUUACGCCACUGCUGGAGCCGACUCGGGCCAUACUGCCGGGCGUCGGCCUACCUCGGGUCGAGCCUCGCCGUGGCCGCCGCCGUGGGGGCCCUAGCGGGGGUUCUACCCAGCGCCCUGGCCUCGACUGCUCAGGCCGGCUCUGCUGCCGCCCCAGCCGCUUGGGCUGUCGGCUGGAAGGCCCUGGGCUUCGACGCGACACUCGGGUACCCGGGCGAGGGCCCCAGCGCGAGUGAGGUGUUCGCCAUCGGCGAGGCCUGGCUCCAGACGCAGGGCGCGGUCCGCGGCGGUUCACGGUUUUGCCAUUGGCACUGCGUGGGAACGCGGUGGCGGCGUUCAGCCAGGCUGCAGGGGGCACACGGGGCUCCUGUGGAGGAGGUCGCACGCGUGCGGGCUCUACUCGGCGAGGCGGCGGCGGCGGAACCCGAAGCUGACCCCGAGGCUUUCCAGCCAGAGGAAACCCCCAAUCCCCCGGCCGCAGCGGCUGCUGGGGACGAGGAGGGCCUCCCGCCUUCCCGGCUGUCCAACAUGACGUGGUGGGACAGCCUGGACGUCCAGCACUCCCUGGGCCACAGGGUUGCCACCAUGCGACGCGUGCCUUCCAACCUCCAGUCUGCUUGGGCCGAAGCCAUGGGCGCGGCGCUCUGGCAGAGCGUGCACGGGAGCAGCCCGCAGGAGCGCGAAAGGGCGUGGAAGAUGGUUAUGUUCGCCCCCCGCCUGGUCUUCGCCGCCACGGGAACGCGCGGCGGGCGCGGAGCUAACGGCAAGCGGGCCGUGCGCAUCCAGCAUGACAUCGCCGCGCGCCUGCAGGCCUUCUGGCGCGGCGAGUGGCAGCAGCUCUGGGCCGCAGCUCACAGGCGGGAGCUCCGGCUGGCACCAACAAGCGGCGAGACUGGCAGCAUCGACCGCCAGGUGCGCCGCGUCCGCGCGAGGCUGGACGAUGGGCAAGUGGCGGGUGCUGUCGCCGCCCUGCGCCAGACCGGCCGCGUGGCCACGGGGAACGGCACGCGCGACCAGCUCCGAGCCCUCUUCCCGGAACAGAACACUUGGCGCCCGGAGCAGCAGCACGCCGCCACAGCUCUUCUCCCAGAUGACACUAGAAACGGGCUCGCAGACGCCAUCCUCGGGGCCUUCAGGAGGGCCCGCUCUGGCCGCGCGCCGGGGCCGGAUGGUAGUCGCAACGAGCACUGGCGUGUGGUUGCCGCCGACGCCGACGCCGCCGCAGCCCUGUCCGACGCCGCCCUCGCGUGGGUGGAAGGCACUACGCCGCACAUUGUGGACGACUGGUUGAACACGGGGACAAUCACAGCGCUCCACAAGCCCGCCGGCGGGGUGCGGCCUCUCACUGUCUUGGCGCCUUUCCGCCGCACUGUCCUCACGGGCUUCGUCGCCUAUACCGCGGAUGCCACGCAGGCGGCUGCUGGUCCGCUCCAGUACGGGCUCGGAGUGCCAGGGGGCGCGGACGUCCAGUUCUGGGCCCUGCAAAGCGCGGUCCAUGACCGACCGGGGCCGUCCUCGCCGCGUUGGGGGCGGCCCUCCCCGAGUACGGCAGCCUGCCUGCUCGCCCGGCUCUACGCGAAGCCCGCGGUGGGGCUCUGGCGCGACGGCGAGGGCGACCUGCACGAGCUGAGCACAGGGGCCGGGGUCUCGCAGGGCUGCCCCCUGAGCCCCGCUGCCUACGCGGCGGCCCUCCACCAGACAACGCUGCAGCACUUCGCCAGCUCUCCGCGCUGCCUGGUCACGGCGUACCUCGACGACGUCGUCGCUGUGGUGCCCGCUGCCGAAGCCGAGCAGUUCAUCCACGACCUCUCUGGGCGGCUGAAUGCCUGGGGGCUCUGUCUGAACGCGACCAAGACGAAGGUGUGGCUUCCCCCGGGCAGCGCCCAAUGCCCCCCGGCGCUGCAAACCUACGUGGUGGACGAGCUCCGCGUGCUAGGCUGCAACCUGACGCACCGCCAGGACGACGACUGGGAGGAGCUGGCGGCAGGCUCAGGAGGCGGCGCCCGGGCUAUGGGCAAGGUUACUGAGGCCUUACGAGCUUUUGGCCAGACCCUCCACCAAGCUGUGACCGCCAGGCUCGGGCUUCAAGAGGCUGGCGCUAUGCUCCGCUGGACAGCACAGGGCCUACCGAAUCACCUCCUGCGCGCGCAGCUCGUGGACCAGCAGGCUGUGCAAGCCUUCGACCGCGUCCUCCGGGACCUCUGGGACGGCCUGCUUGACGAAGCCCAAACGGACAGGGAGUGGGUUCAGGCGUGCCUGCCGCUGCGCGACGGCGGCCUGGCUGCGGGCGCGGCCGAACCCCGGCGAGAGGCCGCGCACGUGGCCGCGUGGUGCGCCGCGGCCCCAAGGGUCGCAGCCGCCCUAGGCAUGGGCAGCGCAGAGGCACUCCUCGCGAGGCAGGCCACAGGCACGCAAGACUUCGCCAACGCAGUGGCAGCGUACAACGCCAAGGUGGGCAACGCGGCGCACCGCCUGCAGGUCUCGCUGGCGCUGGGGGAGAGUAGCAGGCAGAAGGACCUGAUGCGGCCGAUUAUGGACGUUCUCGACGCAAGGGCGAAGGACGGCCUGGACGACCGCACGCUCGGUCGCAUUCAGUCCUGCGGCGGCCCGGGCGCUGGGGCUUUUACGCUGCUGCCGACGGCGCCAGAACACCGGAUGGCCGCCGACUUGUACCGGCUGUCCUUACGGAGGCGCCUAGAUGACUGGGCCGAGGGGGUCGCUUGCGGAGCGUUGCAUGAACUUGAUCAGCACCACGCCAUCGCGUGCGAGACGGGGCCCGCCCGGACACGGCGGCACGAUCGGAUCCGCGACCUGCUCGCCCGCUGGCUGGCCAAGAGGGUCCCUGGCUUGGUGCGGACUGAACAGACGGUGCCACAGUGGACGCGGCGGCGCCGCGACCCGGCGACUGGACUGGACGGGGUGGAGGUGGCGGUGUUAGACGUCAAGUGGGCCGAAAAGGGCGCGUGGCACGUCGUGGACGUGGUGGUCACGAGCCCCGACACCACGCAGCCGCGCGAGGAGCGGGCUAGGGCGGCCCACGGUGGCCUUGCGGCCGAGGACGCGGCGCGUGGAAAGCACCUGCGCUACCCGCCAGGUCCUACGACGCCGCUCCUCACGCCUUUCGCGGUCGAAACCGGCGGCCGGGUGGGCCAGGCGGCCCGGCAGCUGGUCCUCGACCGGCUUGACCGCGCGGAAGGCGAAGCGGGCGCCGCCGCGGACGCUGCUGCCUUCUGGCAGGAACUCUCGGCCACCCUGCAGACCGGGGUGGCCGAGCAGGUCCUGGCCGCGCAUCGGCCCGCUGCCCCGCCAGGGAG